CAGAAGCUAGAUUCUUUCUCAGCAGACCUCCGAAAAGCCUCCGAUUUACUGCAGCAUGCCAUCCAAGAACUGGGUGAAGGCAGCACUCUGCAGGAUUCCAAGGAAGUAGAGGAGAAAAUGGGUCAGUACCGGGAGUUGAUGAAGGUGGUUUUAAGCGACUCUCGUUUAGUUUCCUUACAGCGGGAAGGAGGGACCACACUGGCUAGACUUCGCAAGGAGGCAACUCGCUUCUACUGCUCUCAGGAUGUCAGGAGUGCUGUGGAGUCAGCGGUACAGAUGUACAACCACUUGGAGGAACGAGUGCACGCUCUGGUUACUAAGUCCAAUCGUAGACUGGAACUUUUGGAGUCCAUGUUGAAGAUCCAGGAGUUGGAAAAACAGUUUAGCCAGCUGAGCCUAUGGAUGGAUGGAGAUGGAGAAAAUCAGCUACAUGAGAUGGACACUAUGGAAUGGUCUUUGGAAACUUUAGAGAAGUAUCACAAAAAGUUUAAGGAAUUCUUCCUCCAAGCAACAGUGCAUUAUAACCAUGGGUUGGUUCUUCUAGAUGAUGCAAAUAAGUUCAGUGGGUCCAUGUUUCCAGAAAUGGAUUUUUUUAAGGUUACGAGAGGAGCCUUCCAGACCAAACUGAGUAGUUUCUACAUGAAUGUUGAAAGGCAAAAAGAAGAACUGGAGAAGCUUCUGAAUCUGUACAGAUUUUGUGACAAGAUUACACAGCUCACCAUUAGCUACAGCCGCUAUGUGGGACAAUUGAAGAUGGCUGAACAAAAGCUUUGCCAGCCAGAGACCCAGCAGUGCCUGGAGACCUACCUGCAGAAAUUAACUGAGGAGUUGUCAGAUGUCAAAUUUCAAGAGAUGAAAGAAGAAUCCUACAAACUAAGCAGCUGUAGAGGACUGGCCGUUUGGAAUGAGACUUGGCUCAAAUGUCAGGAAGCUAAGCAACUUAUAGAAGAAACUGUAGAGAAGUGUAAAGAUGAGCAAAAUGCAGCCUGGCACAAGGAUACCACAUUGUCCUCUAGUGUCAGUAAAGGAGAAGACACAGUGGUAAAUUUUUCUAAUGAAAUCACGCAAGGAAGCCGAAAGGAGGACCAUGAAUUUAGGCCACGGGGCAGCAUGAGAUCUGCAGAAUCAACCAUUAUUAACUGCUGUAGUUUUGGCCUUCAUGCUGGUUCCAUGGGUUUAUUUCUUAAAGCACCUAGAAGUCAAAGAAACACAAGAGCAACACGAGAAACUUUGAUUUCGCAGGGAUGUUCUACCAGUGAAGAAACCAAAAACAGCAAUGGGUCAGAUCCUGAAAGCACUGAGCUGAUGGUGCAGAACUCCAACAAUGAAGCGCUAGAGAUUUUGCAUACUCCUAGUCCAAAGCUUUCUAGGCCAACCCCAGUACAGCCAUCCUCUGUGACAAAUGCAGACCACUUCACAUGGGUCUCCUAUGGCAGGGCCAAUAGUGAUGACUCUAGUAUUAUGACUGAGAAUGACAGUAGUAAAAUGAAGCAGUCAGGCAGAAGAUGCGUCCUUUCUAGGCAUGCCAGCUUCUCAACAGGAGACUCAAAUUCCCAUUACUCCUCAGAAAGUUCUUCAACUAUUUCUCCUUUGCAACCAAUGGAACCACUUACCUCAUACAUGCCUUGGAUGAGAAGAGCCAUGACUGAAUCAUCUAGGGACAAUGACUGGACGGCAAAGUUUAACUUUGCUAAACUCCAUCGAAUAAUGGAAGAACUGCUUGCCACAGAGAAAGAUUAUGUGUGUUCUCUGGGUUAUGUUCUCUCCCACUACCUGAGUGAGAUGGAUCAGCCAGAUCUCCCGCCUACCCUACGUGGGCAGCAUGCCGCCAUAUUUGGAAACUUGGAAAAACUCUAUGAGUUCCACAGCCAUGUUUUCCUACAGGAACUUACAAGCUGCAGAAGGGACCCAAGUCACGUUGGGCGCUGUUUCCUGAAACAUAAAGAAAAGUUUGGACUUUAUGCUUUUUACAGCAAGAACAAACCUCAGUCUGACCGAUUACUACAAGAACAUGGAGCAACGUUUUUCAAGAGGAAGCAGCAGGAGUUGGGAGAUAAGAUGGAUCUCUCGUCCUAUCUUCUAAAACCCAUCCAGCGGAUCAGCAAGUACAGUCUUCUCCUGCAGGACAUGGAGUGGGAGUGCAAAGGCCAAAGUACCAGGGAGGCAGAGCUGAAAUCUGCCCGGGAGGCUGUCAGAUUCCAGCUCCGUCAUGGGAAUGAUCUCCUUGCCAUGGAUGACAUUCAAGUUUGUGACGUUAACCUAAAGGAACAAGGCCGACUUUUGCGUCAGGGGGAGUUUAUGAUCUCCUACAGAAAGAGAAAAUGCCUCAGAAGGGUUUUUCUGUUUGAGGAUCUGAUUCUUUUCAGCAAAACCAAAAAGGCUGCAUCAGGGCGAGAGAUCUAUGUGUACAAGCAGUCCUUCAAGACUUCCGAGAUUGGCCUCACUCACACAUUGGGAGGCAGCGGACUCUGUUUUGAGAUUUGGUUUCGAAGAAGGAAAUUGGAGGAUACGUACACUUUUCAGGCUCCUUCUCCUGAUGUCAAGGAGGCCUGGACUGGGGACCUACAGAAGAUUCUUUGGGACCAGGCAAUUAAAAACCGAGAAAUGCGCAGACAGGAAAGAGCCUUCUCUGGUUUGGGAUGCAAGCCAUUCACUGACAUCCAGCCAAGUGAGGCCGCCAUUAGUAGUAGAGCCAUCCCACUGACUGGCAAUGGAGAUGAAAAUCUUCGUUCUUCCCCUUCCGUAGCUUUACCGUUCCCGACGUCCCCUCCACCACUCCGUUCUAUGUCAGUAGGCUCUCGAAGCAGUGCUAGCAGUGCUGUAUCUCUUGGAGGGUGCUCUUCCACAUCCUCUGGCCGUGGUUCUCUCAGCCCAUUACAUGGAUGUCCUGGAUCUGAGCCAGCAUGGAGAUGUUGCAGGGCUGAGCCCUCGCAUGAUAAGGAACCCAGCAUUUUCCUGACUGCCAGUUCUGGUUCCUCAGAAGGAAGUGUCAGUGGAUUUAGUUCCCCGGAAUCAAACCAUAUGCCUGUAAACCAUAUAAAUACAUGUUACCCCUUGGAGUGCUGGCGCCCCCUACAUGUUAUAGACAAGCCCCCGGAAAAUAGCAUCCCAUGAAAACAAUAGAAGCAGAAUCUACACAAACUCUUCUACUGAAUGAAAUAUCUAUAUUUAUGUGCCGUUUAUAUAUGUAAAUAUAUUAGUCUAGUAACGAAGGAUAAAAGUCAUAGGACUACUAUAAUAAAU